UUUGUUUUCACGCCACCAGAGGAAAACAUUAGUAGUCUGCUCCGUGGCGAAUUUAAGAGUUAAGGCAAUUUCUUCUGGAGCAAGGUGGGCAUGACCAUGGCGGAUUCCGGAGGAUUGACUCAGGCUGUGGAGUUUUCAAGAAAACCAUCUGGGCUAACUGGCAAGUCCCCCAAAAGAUCUUCCAUGAAGAGAAGCCAGAGCCAUUAUGACGCCAAAGAGCUAUCGAAAAUUGGAUAUUUAAGCCCUGCUAGUAUAGAGGCUAAGACAAAGGAUACAAAUGGCAAAGAAAGUGUCAACGAAAGCCUACCUUCAGUGAAAGGUCUUUCAAAUUUGGGUAACACAUGCUUCUUUAAUUCAGUGAUGCAGGUGUUGAGCCAAACACAUUGGUUGACACAAUUGCUGGAUAUGGAGGUUCGUGAUGGGCAUGUCAUUCAGUUAAAAGGCUCUGAUGGAAAUUAUUCGUGCAAAAUCCCUUGCAUAACAGCAGAAGAGCUUGAUGGUUCCAGUCCCAGCAUAGAUCCCUCAGAAAGUGAGGAUGCAGAGGACUCAAUCAUUGCAGAACCAAUCAAUGUAUCGCUUGGUCCAGGCAAACCCCUGACACUUACAUUGGCUUCCUUCUUAAAAGAUAUGCAUUGCCCAGCUGUAACUGGAGGAACAGGAAAACGUAGGCAAUCUUUGUCGACUGUAACCCCUUCUUCACUCUUCAAUCAAGUCUGUAAAAAAAGCCCACAGUUUAGGGGAUUCCAGCAGCAGGAUGCUCAUGAACUUCUACGUCAUCUCCUGGACGGAAUUCGGACUGAAGAAAUUACUCGACGACGUCACGCAAUAAUGAGCCAUUUUGAUUUACCUGUGACUGUUGCAAAAAAUCAACAAGCUGAAGUCGACCCCGUACUCAAGCGAAAGUUAAAAGUCUAUGGCAAGGAAUCUGCUCAUACCUUCGUUGAUCAACUCUUUGGUGGACAGCUCCUCAGUACAGUUAUCUGUGAAUCUUGCCAUCACCAGUACCAAAUCCUUGAGCCAUUCAUGGAUCUUAGCUUGCCAGUUUCUGAAGACAAAUCGCCUCCUGCCAAUCACAAGCGUAAAACCAACGUCGUUGACUCGCUGUCGUGCUUAGGUUCAUCCACACCGGCUACCAUUUCGAAACAUCAGCGUAAGAAAGAACGUAAGGCAGAACGCCGAGGCAAAGGAAGAAGGUUCAAAAAUAAGGAAGAAGAAGAAAUGUUUCCAGCUAGUACCCAAGAUGACGUAGCUUCUCUGGCUGUCGAGGAAGAGAGUAGCGCAAAAGAUGACGCCGAUAGCACGAAAACGGACGACACCCUUAGCGUGAAAACCGACGAUACCCUUAGCUUGAAAACACAAGAUAAAGAAACCAGUAAAACCGAAACUUAUGACGAAGACGAAAGUCUUGCUUCCAGUGGCAGGGAGGACGAGGAUGAAGAUAUCGGCGGUGAUGUUGAGGACAACAACGAGGAAGUGAUCGAACUGGUAUCAAGGAUAGAUCAAGUGCGCAUUGAUUCAGCAAGUGAUGAAGACGAAACUGAUCGAGUUAAGAUAGAUAGCCCUCCUACUACCCCAACCGCCAAGAAAAUUCGCAGCGAGUGGAUUGCAAAAAGUCUUUGUAGUUUGGCCGUCCGCUACCAUGCCACUAAUCAAGAGUGUUCAGUCCAAUCGUGCCUUAAUCUUUUCACUGCUCCAGAGUUGCUGACUGGCUCGAACAAGUACGGCUGCGAAAAUUGUACUAAAAGAAAAGCAGCAGCAGCUAUUGCCGAAGGAGCAGAUGAAAAUACCAAAAUACCUACUGUCUAUAGCGUGGCUAGCAAACAGUUGCUCAUUUUCGCGCCACCAGCCUUAUUAACACUUCAUCUGAAGCGUUUCACCCAAAAUGGAAUUGCUUUGCGUAAAGCACAGAAACAUGUCGAUUUUCCGCUCCGCCUUGACCUUGCCCCUUUCUGUAGCGCCGCAGCUGCUGGUGUUAGCUCGAUUCCGGCUCAUCAAAAAGAAGUUAUCUACUCGUUGUACGGAGUGAUAGAGCAUAGCGGUCGACUCAGUAGUGGACACUACACGGCGUUUGUGAAAGUACGGCCGGUGACAUCGGAGCUAGUAACCCAGUUUCUUCAGCGAGAGCCUAUGCAAACAGAAGAUCUUCAUCGUCUACGGGACCAACUCAGUGAGCGGUUGUUGGCUGAACGAACUACUUCCGAGAAUAAUUCCGAAUUUCCUUCAGACGGGGUUUGGUACUAUUGUAGCGAUUCCCAUGUCACAGCCGUCAGUGAAGAAAAAGUCCUAAGAAGCCAAGCGUUUCUCCUUUUCUACGAAAGGGUGCUGUAAAGCGCAAAAUGAUAUCUUGAUUAUUGAAAUUUGCCAUCAACAUGUAAAAUUUAUCAUCGAAUACAAAGUUUCCUUGUGGAAAUGAUGUUUUGGAA